AUGCCUUUCUACACGGCCUCCAAAGCCACCUUCGAGGUGGGCGGCAGAGAGUUCCCUCGAAUCACCUGGUACAAGGAACCUGGUAUUCGAGGACUUUACGUUCUGUUGAUGCUUGCUGUGCUCACAUCUGCUACAAAUGGUUAUGAUGGAUCCAUGAUGAACGGUCUCCAGAGUCUUGACGAGUGGAAAAAAUCCUUCAAUCAUCCAGGUCCAGCUACCCGAGGACUUCUCAACGCCAUCAUGUCGGUCGGAUCGAUUGUGGCCCUUCCUAUUACACCUUACAUCGCAGAUAUCGCUGGACGGCGUGUUGGCGUUAUGACUGGGUGUAUUCUUAUGAUACUCGGAGUCGUGCUUCAGUCGAUUGGAAUCAACAUUUCGAUGUUCAUUGCAGCUCGGUUUUUGAUCGGAUUUGGCGUCGCUAUUGCACACGGAGCAGCUCCUCUGCUGAUCGCCGAGUUGGUUCAUCCACAACAUCGGGCAAUCUUCACAACCAUUUACAAUAGUACCUGGUACCUUGGAAGUAUUGUAGCAGCAUGGCUCACAUACGGAACGAACAAAAUACCAAAUGCAUGGUCUUGGAGAGUGCCUUCAAUGGUACAAGCAGCGCCGUCGGUUAUCCAGCUGAUCGCCAUUUGGAUGGUUCCAGAGUCUCCUCGUUAUCUCAUUUCUCGAGGGAAGAACGAGAAAGCAUUGAAUGUUUUGGCCAAAGCUCACGCACACGGCAAUGUCAAUGACGAACUUGUCCAAAUCGAAUACCUUGAGAUCCGCGAGACGAUCACGCUCGAGAAAGAGUUCGAGGGUAACGGAUGGCUGCAGCUUUUCAAGACCAAAGGCAAUCGUCACCGCCUCGUCAUCCUCAUCUCCCUCGGAUUCUUUUCCCAAUGGUCUGGUAACGGUCUCGUGUCUUACUACAUCACUGAUGUCCUAAACGGAAUCGGAAUUACGAACUCCAAGAAACAACUCGAAAUCAACGGCAUUUUACAAAUUGUGAACUUCGUUGUUGCGCUCGGAAUGUGUUUCAUGAUCGAUAAAUUCGGCCGUAGACCUCUCUUUCUCUUCGCUACAGGAGGUAUGCUGGGAUCUUUCUGUGUCUGGACAGUCUGUGCCGCCCGAUACGCUCAAACUAAAGUUGUGGCUGCUGCGCAUGCCGAGAUCGCCUUCAUCUUCAUCUACUACGUCUUUUACAACAGCGCUUGGUCCGGCCUACUUGUUGGAUAUGCUGUAGAAAUUCUACCAUACAAGCUUCGUGCCAAGGGUCUCACCCUCAUGUUCCUCGCCGUCGAUUUGUCUCUGUUCUUCAACUCAUACGUCAAUCCUGUCGCUCUCAAAGCAUUGGCGUGGAAGUAUUACAUCGUGUACGACGUUUGGCUCGCAUUCGAACUGCUCAUCGUCUAUCUCUUCUACAUCGAGACUCAAAACACGGCUCUUGAGGAAAUCGUCAAAUACUUCGACGGGGAGGAAGCACUUUUGGGUGGUACUCUCGCCACUGAGAAAGCCAAGACGCUGCUUGUGGAGAAUGGACUUGAUGCUAAGAUCCCAGUGACCACUGAGCACCACGAAGUUGGUGAAAUGGGAGAGAGGCGUAGUGAGCUUUAA